GAUUCUUUUUAUUUUUUGGGGAGUUUUGCCAUCUUUGUUUUUGAAGUUUAUUGUGAAGUUUGUGAAGCGGUGGAGGAUCUUCCCAUUUUUUUUUGCAAUCGAUUUCUGGUUCCAGAACUUUCGGCGAUUUUAGGCUUGAUCUGGGUUUUCAACAGCUUUGAUCGCUAUUUUUGUGUGAUUGUAGUGAGAGAGAAAGAGAUAUGUUGGGUUUAUCGAGGUUUAUCGAGAUAUGUUGGGUUUAUCGAUGGCUGAAGGGGGAUCUCAUUACUGCUCUAAAAAGAAGGACGAUAUUUGCGGUGAUGGUUGCGAUAAGCUUUUUCCCCUUGCAGGUGUGGUUUAUGGCGGGGUUUUCACACAUUUUUUUGUUGAUUUUUAUGAGGUUAUUGGAAUUGAUCUUUUGUCACAAUCUCUAUUGCCAGCUAUAGUUGAACUUGCUGAGGAUAGGCAUUGGAGGGUUCGACUUGCAAUAAUAGAGUACAUACCUUUAUUGGCAAGUCAGUUGGGUGUGGGAUUUUUUGAUGAUAAGCUUGGUGCUCUCUGUAUGCAGUGGUUGCAGGAUAAGUUCAUGAAUUUUUGACGCAGUUCAUCAGUUUCUAUAAUGAAAGGUAUCGAUAUUAGAAUGGCUAUUGAACGACUUUCAAAUCCUUUUAACUUUGGCCAAUUUUUAGGGCAACAAUUUCAUUUUUAAAAUUGUCUUAGUUAAUGUAUUUGAUGGCUUCUUACGAAAAGUACAAAAUAAAGGAGAAAUAAUCAUGGGAUUAAUCUUCUCCUGUCCAAUUUUAUUACGGGUAUACACUGUCAUCCCAACUUUAAUCUUGGGAUUAAUCUUGAGACAAAAUGUUUGGAGAUAUUGGGAUUAAUCUUGGGAUUAAUCCCAACAUCAAUUUUAUAGCAAUUGUCAUCACAACAUUAAUCUCAAAAUGUUGUCAUUGGGGUUUACCAUCCCAACAUAGAUGGACAUGAGUGAUGACCCAUCACUACUGAUUGUCCUAUAUAUAAUGCAAAGGACUCCCAGAUUGGAGACACACUAAUAGACCUUUUUGAGACACCUUUAGCUUUGCCAUUCUAUGUCAAUAACUCAAUUUUUUUUAAUGUUUUUUAAUUUCC